AUGUCUGAAAGUGUCGCUUCAAUAACACCAUUUGUCUGCAAAUGGUUUGGUUGUCAUUCAAAGCGCUUUAGUACUCAGGUGGAUCUUGAAUAUCACGUCUACACUGAUCACCAGGAUUUAAACAAAUUAAAAACCCUUUAUCGAGGAUUACCAAUUUAUAACUGUCCGUGGGAAGGUUGCAAAUAUCGAUUGAGGGAUAUUUCUAAAUUUAGAGAACAUUUGUUGAAGCACACCCAACAAAGGCCAUUUAAGUGCCCAUUGUGCCCAAUUUGCAAUGAUUCGCGUCAAUUUGAAACUCUUGAAGAACUAAAUCAACAUCUAAUUUUAAACCAUAAUGAUAGCGUUGUGGAUCAUUCAGGCGCAGUCGAUAAUACGAAUCAUGAAAAACUGGAAAAAGGAACUAUUGCCAAAUCCACUGAAUAUGAAGAAGAUUAUCUUAUAUGUAAAGCACUUGCUAAAAAUUAUGAUCGUGAGUCUUAUGAAAAACUCUUAGUGCAGUACGGACUUACUGAUGUCAUUGAUUUGGAUGAUUUUUUUUGA